AUGUUUAUCGCCUUUGAUUCCACCAAAGACCCCGACGCCGCCGACAAGGAGCGCGAGCCCAGUCCCCGCAACCCCAAAAGUGGGACGACACGGGGCAGAGUGACCAGACGCGGUGUUGUCCCACGCGCCUGCGGCUCCUGUCGGCGUCGCAAAAUCAAGUGCAACGGCGAGAAGCCGUGCGAGGCCUGUCGAUGGUACAAGAGGCCGCAGGAGUGUACGUACCCGGACAACGAGCGAAUACGAAAUGCGAGAGCGAGUCCGUCGCCCGACUAUCGCAGUGCCUUGACGAAGCUCUUCCCUGGUACCGCGCCAGAGCAGCUCGUUGAUUUACCGCGAGAGAAGUUGCUGGAAUUGAUGACGGGCAAUUCCAAUUCCACCCAGGUGCAACAUUCCCCCGCGACGACAACUUCUGCAACCACGGCCAUCUCCGUGCUGCCGACCGACCGGCCGACCCUCGAGUCGCUGCAUUUCAUCCCGAGGGAUGAGGUCGGCGAGAUCCCAGGUGCACCGCCGGUUUCCAGCGGACACAUCUCCGACGAUGUCAACGCGUUAUCACUCCUGGCGCGACCGCCGACGUCCUAUCUCGGCAUCUCAUCCGUGCAGGCUGCCUUGCGAGCCAUCGCCUGGAACCACCCAGAGUACAAUUUCUCCAUCUCCCCGACUGUGUCGCGGCAACAGGCCGAGGAGCCGCUUAGUCCACUGUCUGCGACCUUAGCCACGCUUCAAUUCACGGAAAACCAGCUGGUGGACGCGUACUUUGCCAACUUUCACGCAUUCGCACCGCUCUUGGACGAGGACGCCUUUCGCAGGACCCAUCUAGCUGGAAAUCGACAGGAUGCCCGAUGGCUGGCAUUACGCGACAUUGUCCUUGCGCUGGGCAGCAUUGUAGCGGCAGUGGACGUGAACGACCGAACACAUUGCACCUAUUUUGAAAGUUCAAUGAGCCACCUCAAUUUAGGCUCGCUGGGCAAUCCGAGCAUCGAACUGGUACAAGCGCUCGGCCUCAUGGGCGGCUGGUACUGCCACUACACGAGCCAGCCGAACCUGGCAUACUCCCUGAUGGGCACAUCCAUGCGCAUGGCACUUACAUUGGGAUUGCAUCGGGAGCUGUGCGACAGCCGGUCAGUGUAUGACCGGGAGCGAGUCGCACAUGAGGACUUUCGACGGCGUAUCUGGUGGUCCCUUUGUUGUCUUGAGACCUGGGGGCAGGAGACGCUCGGCCGGCCUGGGAUGAACUUUUUCACAGCGAGCAUCACGGUGAAUCCGCCUCGCUUGGUGGAUAAGGACAACUACCUCGAAAUCGUCCCGCUAAUCGAAAACGUCGAGUUUGUCAAAGUCGCCUCAAAGAUUCAGGAAUCCCUCGCCACUCCACCCGCACUGACACAUACAGAAAUGGCUGAGCUAGACGCACAGCUCCUGCAAUGGUGGAACAACAUGCCUCCAAUCCUCCGAGAUUCCGAGCCUCAGCCGACGAGCAUCUACUCCGUCCGGACAGUGAUGCGGUGGCGUUUCUACACUCAGCAAAUGCUACUAUACCGCCCAGCACUACUGAACCAGACAAUGCGGCGCAUCCCCUUGAUUGCCAUCCGAGCUGACGAACGGAACGCAAUCCAACGGUGCCGAGAGUCCGCCGAGCUCGUGAUCCUGGACAUUGCCCAGACGACAAAUGUGAAUCGGAUGUUAGGCUGGAAUGCUGUUUGGUUUCUCUUUCAGGCGACAAUGGUUCCCCUGAUCUGUCUCUCCGGCGUCCCCGUGGACAACAACUCGGAGGCGUCGUCGGAGUCCUGCAAGAACCAAGUGCAGACGGCAAUACUCGCUCUGGACCGGAUGAGGCCGUAUUCGCCGACAGCGGGACGGACCUUUGAGGUCAUCUCGAGCCUGUUUAGCUCUAUUCUACAAGCGUCGGAUGUUCAACCACCUGAUACACAGGGCAACGAUCCGAUGAGCAAUUCCAUCUCCGAGGGAAUACCAGUGGCGAGUGAGCACACUGCUGAGCAAGGCUUACGCGGUCGGCCUGUCGACGAGGGUGCCGGAUUCUUCGACAACUUGCCGCCGGAGUAUAUGUGGGAGUAUCUGAGCUGGGGCCCGAAUGAUCUAUGGCCUGACCUCUCAACGCUGGCUCAAGGCGAUGCCAUGCCAUUUGCUGAGCCCUCAAAUCGUGGGCCUGGUCCCGCCUAG